GGAGCGACAACCAGAAGGAAGAGCCACUGAACUGAGAAGCUACACAGCAUCACUGACACACGCAAUGGCAGACGUCGCAACACCCGCAGAGAAGAAGGCUCCUCCCAAAUUCAAGCAGAGGACCACGCGCACCUUCAAGAGCAAGGCCCCCAAACCAGGCCAGAAGGGGUUCGGAGACGACAUCCCCGGCAUGGAGGGUCUGGGCACAGACAUCACCGUGGUCUGCCCAUGGGAGGCCUUCGGCGACAUGGAGCUCAGUGAUCUGGCCAAAUACGGAAUAGUUUAGCAGCUGCCCCUCUGCCUUCACCCCUCUUUGCCACCGACGUACCUCAUGUGCUUCUAUGGAUCCAGGUGACAGUCCUCGUAGGGAGACGGCAGAUUGUUGAGUUCAGACUGGAAUCAUCCGGACGCCCCUCUGGUUUUCUGCACUUUAUUUGCCCCUGCCUUUCCUCCAACAACCCAUCACCUCUUCCUCUCUCCC